AUGACUGUCAAAAUCUUCCUCACAGGCGCCACCGGCUACAUUGGAGGUGAUGCUCUCCACCAACUAUACAAGAAGCAUCCCGAUUUCGAGUAUGCGCUCCUGGUCCGUUCAGAUGACAAGGGAAAGAAAGUCGUCGAGAAGUAUCCCACCGUCCGGAUCGUUCUUGGGGGCCUCGACGACUCCGAGACACUAGAGCGCGAAUCUUCGUGGGCCGAUAUUGUCAUACACACCGCCGACUCCUCUGACCACGCCGGCGCCGCAACCGCCAUUUCCAAGGGCCUCGUGCAAGGCCACUCUGCUUCCCGUCCUGGAUUCUGGCUGCACACCGGCGGUACCGGAAUCCUGACGUACUUCGAUUCCGAAGUGAAGAAGGUAUUUGGGGAGCUGGACGACAAGGUGUUCAACGACUAUGAGGGCGUCGAAGAGCUCGUCAGCCUGCCAGCCGCCGCCUUUCACCGCAACGUGGACGAAAUCGUCCUCAACACUGGCAGGGAGCACGCCGACUCAGUCAAGACUGCGAUUGUCUGCCCGCCAACAAUCUACGGCGAGGGUCGUGGCCCCAUCUCCGGCCGUGGCCGGCAGGUCUAUGAGCUUGCAUACUUCAUCCUGAAGCAGAAGUACUGCCCUCGCAUCGGCAAGGGCCUUUCCCGAUGGAACAACGUCCACGUCUACGACCUCAGCAAGGUUUUCGAGCUUCUCGUGGAAGCGGCCCUGGACCCGGCCCGCAAGGACGACGCCGAGCUCUGGGGGGCUCACGGCUACUUCUUCACCGAGAACGGGGAGCAUAUCUGGGGCGACUUGUCUCAAACCAUUGGCCAGGAAGCCCACAAGCAAGGCCUCUUCAAGGACGCCGCCCCCGAGAUUCGAGAGCUGUCUUUCGACGAGGCUGUCAAGUCGCCCGCGGGGUUCGAGGCGGCCAGCUGGGGGAUGAACUCCCGUGGCGUGGCUGUGCGAGCUCGGAAGGUUCUCGGCUGGAAGCCGCAGGAGAAGAGCCUCGAAGAAGAGGUCCCGACUAUUGUUCGCUCUGAAGCGGCGAGGGUUGAAAAUUAA